GCUCUCAAUGGCUUCCUCAUGGCUGUUACAGAGGAUGGCUAUGUUUUCUAUGUCUCUCCCACAGUCCAGGACUACCUGGGAUUUCAUCAAUCAGAUGUCAUCUAUCAGAGUGUGUUCAAACUGAUCCACAAGGAGGACAGAGCCAUGUUCCAGAGCCAGUUUCUCUGGCCUGCAGAUGCAGCACCUGUCAGCAGAGAGGGUGAGCAGGACAUCCACCGGAAAACCAUCCGUAAGUUUUGUCGGUUCCGCUGCCUGCUGGACAAUUCUUCCGGGUUUCUGGAGUUGAAUUUCCAUGGCCAUCUUAAGUUCCUCCCUGGACAGAACAAUAGGUCAGAAGAUGGUAUCCUCAUGUCUCCUCAACGCACCCUGUUUGCCAUUGCAGCACCUUGCCAGCCACUCACCAUCCUGGAGCUCCAAGAUAAAACAUUUCUUUUCCAAACAAAACACAAAUUGGAUUUCACACCUAUAGCCUGUGAUUCCAGAGGCAAGCUGGUCCUGGGUUACAGCGACAGCGAACUCUGCAGGAGGGGCUCCGGCUACCAGCUCAUCCACGCGGCCGACAUGACGCACUGCGCCGAGAACCACGUGCGGCUGAUGAGGACGGGCGAGAGCGGCCUCACGGUGUUCCGGCUGCUCACCAAGGAGGCCGGCUGGCUGUGGGUGCAGUCCAACGCCCGCCUGCUAUUCCGCGGCGGCCAGCCCGACUACAUCGUCGCCCGACAGCGGGCCCUGACGAAUGCAGAGGGGGAGGAGCACCUGCGCAAGAGGGCCCUGCAGCUGCCAUUCAUCUUCACCACAGGGGAAGCCAUCCUGUAUGACAGCAGCCCCCUGAGCCCUGUGACUGCCACCCCAGCCAGGAAGAGGAUCAGGGAGAAAAUGCCCCUGGACACCUGGCUCAGCCAGGUGCUGGUGUUCUGGAUUUUUGCAAAGAACCCGUGA